AUGUCCGAGAACUUGGCAAUUGUCCGGAAAAGAUUGAAUAGACCUCUCACCUUCGCCGAGAAGGUUCUCUACUCCCAUCUGGACGAUCCACAAGGUCAAGAUAUCCAGCGUGGUGUUUCAUACCUCAAACUCCGUCCCGAUCGAGUGGCAUGCCAGGAUGCAACCGCACAGAUGGCUAUUCUUCAGUUCAUGUCGGCAGGUCUACCCUCCGUGGCUACUCCCACCACCGUCCACUGUGACCAUUUGAUUGAGGCACAGAUUGGUGGCGACAAGGAUUUAGAUCGAGCAAAGGACAUCAACAAAGAAGUCUACAACUUCUUGUCGACCGCCUGCGCAAAAUACAACAUCGGCUUCUGGCGACCUGGCUCGGGUAUCAUUCAUCAAAUUGUUCUCGAAAACUAUGCAUUCCCUGGAGCUCUACUUAUCGGUACCGACUCACACACACCGAAUGCUGGAGGUCUCGGUAUGGCAGCUAUCGGUGUUGGUGGCGCUGACGCCGUGGAUGUCAUGGCAGGCCUUCCGUGGGAGUUAAAGGCUCCUAAAGUCAUCGGUGUCAAGCUUACUGGUGAAAUGUCUGGUUGGACCGCGCCAAAGGAUAUUAUUCUCAAGGUUGCUGGCAUUUUAACCGUCAAAGGCGGGACUGGUGCAAUUGUUGAAUACCAUGGACCUGGUGUCAACACUCUUUCAUGCACCGGUCAAGCUACUGUGACAAAUAUGGGAGCCGAAAUCGGAGCGACCACGUCGAUGUUCCCUUUCAACGACCGCCAGUACGACUUCCUGAAGGCGACCAAGCGCACAGCGAUCGGCGACUUUGCUCGAUCGUACGCUUCAGAACUUCGCGAGGACGAAGGUGCAGAAUACGAUCAACUGAUUGAGAUCAAUCUCUCUGAAUUGGAACCCCAUAUCAAUGGCCCAUUCACUCCAGAUUUGGCUACACCCAUCUCCAAGUUCAGCCAAGCCGUUAAAGACAACGGAUGGCCACAGGAGCUGAAAGUCGGCUUGAUUGGCAGCUGCACAAACUCUUCAUAUGAAGAUAUGUCGCGCGCUGCCUCGAUUGCUCAGGAUGCUAUGGAUCAUGGUAUUAAAGCCAAGGCCCUGUUCACAGUCACUCCCGGCUCCGAGCAGAUUCGAGCAACCAUUGAGCGUGAUGGCCAGCUCAAGACGCUUGAGGACUUUGGAGGCAUGAUUCUUGCCAACGCUUGUGGUCCUUGUAUCGGUCAAUGGGAUCGACGAGACGUCAAGAAGGGCGAGCCCAACUCUAUCAUCUCCUCGUACAACCGAAACUUCACUGGUCGAAACGAUGCUAACCCCGCCACUCACUCGUUUGUGACAUCGCCAGAUCUAGUUGUUGCAAUGACAAUCGCCGGAGAUCUUAGCUUCAACCCCCUUACAGACACCCUAAAGGACAAAGAUGGCGAGGACUUCAAGCUUAAGGCCCCCACCGGUGACGGCCUCCCUCGCAGCGGAUAUGACCCAGGCCUUGACACAUACCAAGCACCUCCAGAGGAACGCUCAUCUGUAGAGGUACAAGUGUCACCCACAUCGGACAGACUACAGGUUCUCGAGCCUUUCCAACCAUGGGAUGGCAAGGAUUAUCUUGACCUCCCCAUCUUGAUCAAGGCUAAAGGCAAGACUACAACUGAUCACAUCUCCAUGGCUGGACCUUGGCUCAAGUACCGUGGCCAUCUUGACAACAUCUCGAACAAUAUGCUUAUUGGUGCAAUCAACGAGGCCAACGGUGAAGCCAACAAAGUCAAGAACUUCAAGACUGGUGAAUGGGAUGCCGUCCCAGCAACAGCACGGAAAUACAAGGCUGACGGGAUCAAAUGGGUUGUUAUUGGCGAUUGGAACUACGGUGAGGGAUCGUCCCGAGAACAUGCUGCGCUCGAGCCCCGACAUCUUGGUGGCACCGCUAUCAUUACGCGAAGCUUUGCACGUAUCCACGAAACCAAUCUAAAGAAGCAAGGCAUGCUGCCUCUGACCUUCUCAAACCCUGAGGAUUAUGACAAGAUCAAGCCAGAUGACAAAGUCGACCUCCUUGUCGCCGAUCUAAAGCCUGGCGUACCAGUUACCAUGAAAGUCCACCCCAAGGAUGGCAAAGAGUUUGAUGUUGAGCUGUCUCAUACAUUCAACGAAGGCCAACUCGAGUGGUUCCGAAAUGGUUCUGCAUUGAAUGCUAUGGCUAAAGCUGCAGGAAAGUAA